AUGGAGCGGAACAAGGCGAGUUAUGAAAAGCGGUGUGGGGGUAUAAGAGAGACCCUCGGUGAUGAAUACCCCCACUUAGGCACAUACGAAUCCCUGCAAAUUGGGUCGGAAAAGCAACAAGAAUCCUCACUCAGUCCGCUGGAAAUAUUUGCUUAUGCUCCCGCUGGCUCGGGUCCCCCUCCGGCCCGUGGCCACUUCACUGCCCGGGCAACCCUUGAACCAGGGCCGCCUCUUGGCUCCCCCCAGGAGAAAGAAGAUAAUUUGGAGCGACGUUUGGAACUGUUGACCGGGGAGUUGCGAGGGAUCCUUGAUAUUGAUGGUGAGUUUUACUACUUUCGUUUUGAAGAGAGCGUUUAG